UCCUUCAUUUUAAGCCGGGUGGCCCACUUCCAAGUUAUCAAAAAUGUUCAACCUAAGGACUAGCAUGAGUGGCAGACAAUACAGCCCAGGGGUGCUGAUUGGCAACUGGAACGAAGAUGUGUGUCUGGAAGAGGAACUCCUGAAAGACUUCUUAUGUAAAAGAGAAAGAGGAGAGCUUCUAAUCCAGAAAUCAAAAAAACUGAAAGAGAACCUUUACAAGAAGGAGCAGCUCUCAAUUUCAACAGACGGAUUUAUUCACUUUGGAGAUACGGUUAUGCUGGUGAGCCCAGAUGACAACAAUUCACCUGAUAAGGCACCUACCAUGAGUGGGAAUCUAUCCCUGGCUGUUAAUCCCAAGGAAACAGACAUACUCUCAGAGAAUGAACUAACAGCUCCCUGCGCUAUGAGCGCAAUCAGCAGCGUGACCCCAAUUGGCCGGAAUUCAUUCCGGAUUUUAAGCAUUGAAGGAGAAAGCAUGGGAGAGCCACUUAGAUUUGGGCAGAAUUUUGGUCUUGGAGCAUCCGGAGGGUUUCCAGAGAAAAUGCUAUUUAUUGCGAGUGACCACAGAAGUUUUCAGAACAUGACAAAGAAAUCCUCCCUCCAGCCUGUGUUCUUGACCGAUGAACUUACCUACCUGGCUUCUUGGCAAGCUACCUAUCUGGACCCACAGUUACGCAUGGAAUACGAAGGGUUCCCAGUUCCUGCAAAUACAAAGAUCCUCAUUGUUCACAGUCAUACAAAUCAGGCCUUGGCAGUUCCUCGGAUGUACUGGAUAAGGACAUACUUUGGAAAGGAAUUUGAGGUAAACUGCCACACAUACCUGGAUACACACAGAGCUGAAGAAGACAAGAAUUACUGGGUUAUGGUUACUGGGAAUCCGAGCGACGGAUCAACCACGAUGUUUGAUAGGCCGAAGCCUCUGUCGGAUACGGACAGAGUGCAAAACAGUGAAAUCCCCGAAGUAAUAUGCCCCCGUUAAAGCCCAUGCUUUAAAAAGGAAAUACAAAAAACAUCCUUUUUUGUGCUCACGUAAAGAGAGAGAGA